UGCUGCGGGACUGACUGUGUAUUUAAAAAAUGGAGGAAGAAAUCACUUAUUCAACUCUGGUUUUCCAAAAUAAGGCUCUAACUGAAAAAGAGAAAAAAGGAGACAUAACAACUAAACCUGGAGAAAAACCUGAAGAAUGUGUUUCUACUGUACCAAAGCCAAAUGAAGAGCUGAUCAUUUAUUCUGAGGUGAAGCAGAAAGUUGCUGUGACUGCGGGACCAAAAGAAAAUGACCACCUGGACACAAAACCUGAAAGGAGAACUGAAGAGCCUGUGGCUACGGUACCAAAAGUUCCAGCAGCUGUGAAUUCUUGCAUCACUGUGUUCCUUGUAUGUCUGGGGAUACUUUUUCUCCUGCUGGUGGUGGUAGUGGUGGUCCUCUUGGUCAACAUAACCAAGGCGAUGAACAAGCAGGGAGCAACGAUCAACCAACAGGAAGCAACAAUCAACAAACUCGGAGCAACAAUCAACAAACUGGAAGCAACGGUCAACCAACAGAACUCAAGCAUCAAUAACCUCACAGCUGAAAAUCAGCACUUGAUUGUGGAAAACAGAAACCUAACUGAGGAGAAUGAGCAGCUGAUGGAAAAGACCCAAAUUCUGGAGAACGAAGCUGCAGAGCUGAGCAGAGAAAAAGUAAAACUCAACUGGACUCUGGAAGUCAUCCUGACAUAUGAUAACUUUCCAGUAAAAGACCUUUGUCCCAAUAAGAAGUGUAAGCCAUGUCUGGAUGGUUGGAUGGUGUUCAAGGACAGAUGCUACCUGUUUUAUUUUGAACUGGCUCCAUGGAAGACUUGGGAAGAAAGUCGACAGUAUUGCCAAAACCAGAAAGCAGAUCUGGUCGUUAUUGACAGUCUGGAAGAACAGGAAUUCAUAAGUAAUCACUCCAGUUACUACUAUGACGUGUAUCAUGGAUACUGGUUGGGGUUACGACACGUUGACAACAACUGGACCUGGGUUGAUGGACGCAUCGAUACUCUGAAGUACUGGAUUAAGGAAGGUUUCAGUUCUCCACAUUCAUUUGCUCAUCUGAUCCCUGAGAGGAAUUACACGGAGAACUGGCACCAACAAAGAAAUGGGUUCCUGGACCGUUUUAUCUGUGAAUGUAAAGCCUUGGUAAUAUUGAAUUAACUAAUACUGCCUGCAUCCUCUUGUCUUUGUGUUUUAUCAUUAAUAUUUAAAUAUCAAAGCAUUUACAGAAAACAUAUGUGUUUCCUUUCUGUUUUACAUUUUAUAGUUUCUGCAUAUGCCUGUGAAAAUUCUCAGUUAUGCAGAUUCCUCCAUAUUUCUGACAAAACCAUGUUAUUUUAACAUUAUUAUUGACGUGAAGUUUGUCAGGACUGGUUUGUUUAUUCUUUGAAUUCAUUCUAUUUAGUCAAAAAGUAAUUUUUUCCUGACUUUUAUUGCUAUAUAAGUUUUUUAUGUUAUGCUUGCCAGUUGGU